AUGAAUAGCAGCGCAUCUUGGAAUCGGCUCAGAGCUCCAGCACAAUGGCUACUCUAUACCCGACAAAUUAAUACGACAAGACCUACGCUUCUCAGCACAGCUAGUGUAAAAGGAAGCUUCCGGUCUCAUUCCUCUGCCCAGUCCAGUAAUGAUACACCCAUUACCUUCCAGCCUGCGAGCCGGCUCUCUGGUCGGACAUGCAUGAUCACCGGCGGAACAUCAGGGAUUGGGUUUGCAAUUGCAGAGAGAUUCCUGCAUGAGGGUGCGUCUUCAAUCAUCCUUGUUGGCAGGUCUCGGGAGCGUCUAGAAGCAGCAGCUAUGAAUCUCCCAUCCCCGGCAAAGGUACAGCUGCUUGUCGGCGAUGUAGCAGAAGCUGGCACAUGGAUGCGUGAACUCGAAAAAGAAAUGACAAACGUGGAUGUCCUUGUGAAUGCCGCAGGAAUCUCAAUCACAAAUAUUCUUCCUCGGUCUGAGGUAGAGGACAUCUCUAAAAUCCUACGUACAAAUCUUGAAGGCGCCAUAUUGACUUCGCGGGCUUUGAUGCGCGCCGCAAUCCGCAGCCGUGUACGGAACCGGAAUGCCUUAGAGGGAGACAAGAAGCCUCCUUCCAGGUGUAUCAUCAAUAUUUCCUCGUUGCUGGCUCUCAAGGCAGGAACGGGUGCCGUUCCUUAUGCAGCGUCGAAAGCUGGUCUUUUGGGGUUGACACGGUCGGUUGCGGUCGAGUCGGCGGCAUCGUUGAAGAGGGUCGUUAUUCGGUCUAACGUUAUUCUACCGGGGUAUAUUGAGACUCCUAUGAUUGCAGAGUUCACUGAAGGCGAAGUAGGCAGACUGAAUGAUAGCAUACCUCUUCAUCGAUUUGGGCAACCGAGUGAGGUGGCUGACGCGGCCGUGUUUCUUGCACACAAUGAAUAUGCUAAUAAUUGUGUGCUUAACCUCGAUGGUGGAUUAAGCGCGGUCUAG